CUCGUUUUAUUCACCUAGAAAAACAGUGGGUAAAACAGAGACGACCCACUAAACGUUCGGGGAUUAUCAGUUUAAUAAUGACAAAUUGACAAGAUGGUGGACCCUAGUAGAGGAGUUGAAUUUUGAUUGGAACAUGUAUUUUGUUUAAAUAUCCAUUAAUAUUUUUACAGUCGUAGUAGUCUUUUAAUAGGGCUAGAACUUGUUCAGUGAAUUUUCGAAAAAUAGUGCCUGUACUUAUAAACUAAAAUGUCCUCUGAUGAUGAAAAACCCCCCGCACCUCCUGUUCGCUUAACAUCGAACAGGGGAACUGAUCUGGUAAACAGCUCUAUAGCAGUAGAUAGGCCUCUUCCCAAAGAACCCGAUGACAUAGACAAGAAAAAGAAAAACCCCAAAUCAAAGAAGACACACAAGUUAUCAACGUAUGCCUCAGACAAACCUAAUAUAUCUUACCCAACUAAUUUCGAACACACAGUACAUGUUGGUUUUGAUCCAAUAUCAGGAGAGUUCACGGGAAUGCCAGAAGCAUGGUCUCGUUUAUUGAUGAACUCCAAUAUAAGUAAGCAGGAACAAAAGAACAAUCCCCAAGCUGUGUUAGAUGUCCUAAAUUGGUAUGAUACUAGUUCUAAGGAAACCCCAAACACCAAGUAUAUGACUAAGACAGCAACAACACAUUCAGGUGGUUCCACCCUUAGUAGAGUUUCAAGUUCAAGUCCGAGUAGCACCACUCCAACAGAGGCGGAGGGUGGGCAACAGCCUUAUCAUAGUCCUGUACACGUAGUUAGUUGUGAAAUUGAAGAAGAAGUUCCUCCACCUCCAGUUGCCAGCAGACCUGAACGUACUAAGAGUAUUUAUACGAAACCAGUAGAAGAAGAACCAGAACCAACAAAUACAAUUGCAAGUACGAACACUCUCAGUCCUUCGAAUUUAACUCCUACACAUGCUGCCAACUCGAAUGCCACAAGUACUCCAUCACUUCCCGUACUCGAUAAGAACAAAAACCAAGCAGGUCCUGAAAUGUCUAGGGCAGCCUCAGAAAAACGGAAAAAGAAAAUGACUGAUGAAGAAAUUCUCGAGAGGUUGCGAAGUAUCGUUUCCGUAGGCGAUCCCAAUAGAAAAUAUACAAAAUUAGAUAAAAUUGGACAAGGGGCAUCCGGUACUGUAUAUACAGCAAUAGAAACGGCAACCGGAAUGGAAGUAGCCAUAAAACAGAUGAACCUAUCACAACAGCCUAAGAAAGAAUUAAUCAUAAACGAAAUACUAGUUAUGCGAGAAAACAAACAUGGCAACGUCGUUAAUUAUUUAGACAGUUAUCUAGUUAAUGAGGAACUCUGGGUUGUGAUGGAAUAUUUACCAGGCGGUUCCUUGACUGAUGUAGUUACUGAAACCUGUAUGGACGAAGGACAAAUUGCGGCUGUGUGUAGGGAGGUUCUUCAAGCGCUCGACUUCUUACAUUCGAACCAAGUCAUUCACAGGGAUAUAAAGUCUGAUAAUAUAUUGCUGGGACUCGAUGGGUCGGUCAAAUUGACUGAUUUUGGCUUUUGCGCUCAAAUAAGUCCCGAACAGUCGAAAAGGACAACCAUGGUGGGAACUCCGUAUUGGAUGGCUCCAGAAGUGGUUACUAGGAAGCAGUAUGGUCCCAAGGUCGAUGUUUGGUCUUUAGGUAUAAUGGCAAUUGAAAUGAUAGAAGGUGAGCCUCCCUACCUGAAUGAAAAUCCACUUAGAGCCUUGUACCUCAUUGCCACUAAUGGGAAACCUGAAAUUAAAGACAAAGAGAAACUGUCGCCCGCUUUUCAAGAUUUCUUAGAUAACUGCCUAGCUGUGGAAGUUGAUAAGAGGUCGUCUGCGAAAGACUUGCUGAAGCAUCCUUUCUUGAAACUUGCUCGACCUUUGGCUAGUUUGACUCCUCUAAUUUUGGCAGCUAAGGAUGCAGCAAAACAGCACUAGCCCUUGCGUUGAAAUGAUUUUGAAACUUGUGUGGAAUUUUAUCCAUGUGUCAGACUAUAUCCCAUGUUACUAGAAGUGCAUCAUUUUAUAUUAGACCUUGUAUUAUAUAUGUAUAGGUAGUAAUAGUAGAAUAUGAUUCGAACUUUUAUAUUACCGCUUUGCAGUUCUAGUAAUAUAGGUUGUUUUAUAAUUAGAAAUAUAAGCAUUUAAUAGGAAAGUUCAGUUGGAGUAAGCAAAAUUCGAAGUGGUCUCAAAAGCAGUCUUUCAAAAUGUAAGUUCAGGCCGUGCAGAAAGUAUUUCUUUCGUAAGUAUAUAUUAACCAUAAACUUCAGGUUUUGAAGUGUGAAUUUCGAGCAUUUUGUUUCAACCAUCUGAACUUUCAAUUACAUUAUAUCGACAGGAGACUGUGCCUAAUUUAAAGAUGAUCUCGUAUGACGAGGUUUCGUUUUAUUUAUAUAUAUAAUUUUAAAAUUUUUUGCAUAUAGCUGUCUGAAAUGCUGUCUUCUGGUAUAGAUAGUCGAGAGAAAAAAAGAUAUUUUCAUAGCCAGAUCACCGUAUCAUGUGAUAUUUGAUAAUUAAUCACUGAAAAGCCAAGUGAUAAUACCUUUAAAUUGAUUGAAGUAUUUGAAUUUUAUUCAGACAUUUUUGUUUGUGUUGUCUGUGUGACUCGUAGAGCAAUAAAGAUCUCGAGAGAACUUUGAUUCCCACACACUGGUAGUUUUGUAAUUCGGCAGCAUAUUUUAUUUAUACUCUUUUUAGCGACAUUGUCACCAGACUUAAUGCUACUUACGUGUGUGCUUGUUCAGCGUUAGUUUUCUGAAAGAAAAAUUUUUAUUGAUUGACGCGUGUGCCAAAAGUUGUAUUGGUUCUCUGACAGCUUGACAAGAGAAAAACUCAUUUUUUGUUUAUUUUAUAAUGUCUGGAUAUAUUUCCGAGUUUGUACUGAUGUUAUUUAAAUUAUUAGACAUGUAAAUAUAUUAUUUUCGAGCUUUAUCAAUUGAUAUAAAAGUAUUUUAUACAUUUAUUUGUAUUCGUAUUUAGCUACAAGUGAAUAAAAAAAUAUUUGAAGACUA